GGCGAUCAGAGAGAGAGAGCGUGCUGUGUGAUUCUGCUGCGCAUCUCUCUCACUGCAGCUGUGCAUGCGACCGUGUGCAUGCAUGUGUGUGUGUCGAUGCAUGCGACUGUUCUUCAAACAGCGCUCUGUGAAUUCACAGCAUCACCGCAGGAUUCUGCGCAUCUGUUGCCGUGGUGAUGGGCUGCCGACUGUCACGGCCGUGGAUGAGUGACAGCAUUGGGGUUCAUGGUCGGGAUUUGACGCACCUGCAGAACCGCGAGGCCUUUCGUAUCCUGGCCAGCUAUGAGCAGCCAAUCACGCUUCAGAUUGAGGGCCGGAGGGGGCGGAGCCUGCCGUAUAACAGGACGACGGACUGCAGCACGCAGACGGAGCGCUCGUGGGAUCCUCUUCGAGCGCACUCCUGUACCUUACCACACCUGCCUCACACGGAUAGGACGUACUACAAUCACAUGACUCUGCCAGGUAACCAUAGAGACGGAAGCAGGUACGAAUACCUGCCCAACACACCCAGAGACCUGGAGCACAGAGACCGCCUGUCCUGCAACGACCCAGAAUUCUCGAAUGCCGUUUCUCAGGGACAAAACUGUCUGAUUGGCUGCUGCAAUGCGAAUCCAGAUGAGCCCAGAAGCUUCCAGAGUCAGACUGAUGACGAAGACUACAUGAUGGAGAAACCCGUCGGUUACCUGCCCCUCCACCACGAGCUGGACAGCGGUCUCGGCUGGACGGAUGGCAGUUUCCACCAGGGCGAGCUGUCGGGGGUGGAGACAGAGGAGGGGCUUGAUGAAUGCCACGUCCACGCAGGGGGAGGUUCACCUUCAUCUGAAUCCUUCAUCUCAUCAGAACUGAGCGACUCUGGAUUUUACAGCGUCAGUACUGGAGAGUUUCUGCGAUUCCAGCGACUGCUAGAGAGACGCAUGCGCCAUUACAACGCUCGUAUGCACCACCAGGGAGAGCCGUCUUCCCGUGAACGAAGAGACAGCCAGAUAAAACACCGCGAGUUGGAGGCCAUCCCUGAGGCGCUAACGGUGCAGCCUCAAAACCUCUGCAUACCCGCAGUUCCGGGGUCGCGAGGCUUGUCCCGAGUGUCAUCCGUGCAGUACCGCAAAGAGGAGCGACCGAGUUUGAACAGACACAGCUCAAGUAGCGGCUCGCUGUUCAAUCCCGCUGUGCACUCUACUUGCAGUACCCCAUCUGGCCAGCGGAGGCCACAGCCGCAUCGAAGCUCUGCAGGAAUGCUGAGAAGAAGCAGGACGUUGCAUCACCAUCCUGCAUCCAUGGAGCACCGCAGGCGGGCGAGUCACCCGGCGUCACCCAACUACUGCAGCGCAACGCUGCAUCACUGCAGCCACACAAUCGACCUUCCAAUGGAGCUACCUGAAGAACCGGAUGUCACCAUGAUGCGCAGUAUGGGGCACCUGGCACACCCUGUUGCACACCCUGCACUCGCUGCACAGACUGCAUGCACUACACAAGCUACACAUAUGAUGAGUCAACCGUCAUUGGUAUGUCCAAUUGACGACCAUCGCUGGGUUCCGCCUCAAAAUUUUCAAGACAUCAACAGGAUGCGAGCAUCAACUGAACCCCAGCUACAGCAGAACUUUGUGAACGAGCAGCCACCCGGCCGACAACGAGACGUGCGCUUCCACACCUUGAGUCACACGCCCAGUCAGGACACCAAUGAUACCUGGCCUAAACCUGCCAACCGCCUGGGCGCAGGGGGCGGAGGCGGUCUCUACAGCACUCUGGAGGGCCACAUGCCCACUGCAGCCACCCGGAAAACAGCUAGCGGAAACAUGCGGGCAGUUCGAAACCAGAUGUUACGAGAUCGAGCAUCCCGUCUGGCGGAUGAGCGUAGUGGCAUGAGCACAGAUGAGGAAAGCCACUCCGAUGUCCGUAUGGGUCGAUAUUGGAGUCGCACUGAACGCCGUGAGCACAUGCUGCAGAAACAGCGACAGCAGAUGGCCAGAGGGGGCGUGGCUGUUACCGGAUUGGUGCAUGGGGGUGGGGUCAUAGAUAACCGUUAUAGUACAGUUCUUGAGAUGAGCCAGCAGAAACUAAGUCGUCUGAGGAACCGAAAGGUGCUUGACGACUGGACCACUGUAGAGGAACUCCUGACCCACGGAACUCGCCUCGGUGCGGGCGAAGAUGCUCGACAGCUGCCCACGUCUUUACUCACCGUCACAACUGUAUAGCAACAGUCGCCGAGUGUGUGUUCAGAUGUAUGUGAGUUUGUGUUUUGGAUCUGCCUGCACUACACAAAGCUACCUCCAGAAAUUGAGGUUAACUGUAGAUACAAAUGUUUCCACGGUAGUACAUUGAUUUGUAUAUUUGCAGUAUCUGGUUUUGCAUUGUGUUGUAAAGAGACGUUUCAUUACGGAGCGAAAUGACCACAGUUGGAUUCGACCGCACGAAGCAAUACGACAUAGAUGCCGAUACCAGACUAACGAAACUUCAUUUGGUGCAAGCGUAUUUUUUUGUUGUUGUUGUUGUUGUUGUUGUUGUUGAAAAAAAGAAUGGAAAUGUACGUUAUGGAUAAUUUUAUAGUGGUGCUUACAUUAAUUUAAUUUAUUUAUAAGAAACUGCAGUUAGCCUAAACACCCCAUCCAGAUUACAUCACUUUUGCACAAAAUACGAAAUUCUCUCGGACUGUCUUCCGCUAGCUGAGGGAAUUUACGGAGUGUGAACAGCCCCUCUUUUCAAUGACGAAUCUGAUUUUAUGAUAGCAUAAUCUAAUGAUGGAUUGCGAGUCAGAUAUGCAGUGGCCAAUGGCGGGUGUGUAGCGUUAGGGUUAGGGUUAGGUCUGACCGUAACUUAACCCUACGCUAGGUGUGGUCUGGGAAGAAUAAUCGGCUCGGGAUUUUACAUAGCAACUGGCCCAAAACUUCCUCAUCCUUUUCCGCAUAUCGCAACCCUCUUUGGCAUAUAGCGGCACCGUUUUCUGGCCUGUUCUGCAUAACGCGGCGGCUCAUUUCAGUUUAUCGUGGCCCAUUCUCCCCGUUUCGCGGCUGCCCCACCGGCCCGCCAGGUUCUCCCCGAUGGCCAGUCUGCCCCUGAUCGGCCCCAAAGUGUGUCGGCCCACAGGGAAAAUGCCCGGUAUGCCAGAUCACCAAUCCAGCCCUGUCUACGCCGGAGAUUAGGCGUCAGAACGUGAGUGUAUGUUGUGAAGUGUGUGGGUUCUUGCACUAUAACUGGAGUCCUGGUAGAGUAUUUUUAAAGCUAUUUUUCUUGUGCUCCUCACAAUUGAUGUCACAAAAAGAAACAAAGAUGUUUUUUAAAGACUAAAAGAAUCGUGUUGAAACAAAGUGGUCGAGCCAGAUGGUGCACUGAACUGUUUGUUUUGUUCUAAUGUGCAAUUUAUUCCGAUAUUUUUAGUGCACCGUUCAGCAAACCAGGAAGAUUCAUUCAUGACACAUGAGCAGAAUUAAUUCUGUGUAUAUUGAUUGUACAACUUUUCUUACGUAAAUGUGAUGCAAUAAUGAAUUAUUUACCCUAAUCGUUGCAUGAUGCGACCAUUUAUUUGAAUAUUGUUUUCAGAACGAUUUGCCCAAAUCAUUCAAUGUUUGUAAGAACAGUUAUAUUAAACCUCGGCACUACGCGUCAGUUUACUAAAGAAAGGGUUUAUGAACGAUGUACACAGAUAUUGUCGAUGUGUUUAUGAGCCGAAGUCGAAGCUGAACUGUGUCAGCGAGGGAUCAGGAAAUCAGGAUUUCCCCACAUGCACUAUUUUUGGUGCACAAGCACUGGAGCGUUUACAAUUUUCCUUCACAACUGUGACUCUAUGCGAUUCAUCUCUUUCGCUCUCCCUCAUUUCCGAGGUAAAAUCACGUCAUGUUCACCGUGAAUCAAGCGCUGUGAAUAAUGGAUGUGAACGGAUGGACUCUCCCAUCGAGUUUCCCCUUCUAGAAAGGAUGUUCUUGGAAUAUGAUGUACAUGUGCUUGUAAUAAAGAUGAGAUUUUAAUUAGCUACUCCUUGAAGUGUGUGUGGGUUUUUGUAAUGUGGCCCUUAUUAAAGUGGGUGUUUGGAGUUUCGUGGCCCUCCAGUGAAAUCUUCCAUGAAAGUGAGAUUACUCGAACUCUGUCAUCCAGAAACUGACGGCACAUUUCUUUUAAUUGAGCAAGUGAAGUGUGUUAAAUGUGCACUGAACCAGACAGUCACAAAUGUUUCAUUAUUAUUGGAUCUCUAGAAAUCAUCCUUUAGAUGCAGUUACAACGAGCAAUCUCUGGCCAAGAAGACAUUUUAUAUCUAAACGUCUUUGAAGCCUGAAUUUGAAUUGUGGACACCUGGUGAAUUAUACAUAAAUAAAAGAUUGCCUUGAUUAUUUAACGAAUUAUAUUUUCUUAACCCCUGUGCGAGCUUCGGGACAUUUUUGUCUUUUUCAUUUUUAUUGUUAAUGCCGACGGCAAAAAUGUUGCCAAAGGUGUGUAGUUUUGGAGAAAUUGUGAUAUUUCAACCUCAGUUCCUAUAAUCCAUCUAUAAUAGUUACACUCGGGACCUUCAGGACAAAAAUUUCCCCAUUGAAACCCAUUAAAACUGCAAUAUUUGAUCCCAGUGACAUUAAAGCAUCAAAUCAUGAAUUAUAUGAUAUUAUUCUUUCAUUCAGGAGCUCUGAGUUCAAAAUAUGAGUUCAACAAUUAUAUUUGUAUUUUCCUACCAGGUGGCGCCAUUUCCCUCAUGUUU